CUAUCAUCCAAACAUGCACGUAUACACACUAUUAUUACAGUAGCACACUGACGUUGGCAUCUUUUUUCUCUCCUUUCCCAAAGAACCAUGAGGUCUUCACUGCUGUGCCUGGCUCUCCUUUUCGCCUCAACAUGCGAGAUGGAUGUAACUGAGUACGACUAUCACGACUACCCCAGUAUAACAGAACAACUUAUCACUAACGAUGCUAUUUCGUCUGAACCAACCACCAUUACCACCAUCACCACCAUCACCACCACCUUGCUACCCACCACCACCACCACUGUGCCCACCACCACCACCACUGUGCCCACCACCAAAAAAGCAGCAGAGCCCAAGGUUACCUGCCCAACAUGUGUAACCUGUGUACAGGCCAUUGUGGGGGACAACAGCAUGCUAGUGAUACUGGUUCUGGCUGUGGCCUGCCUGUUUCUGCUGAUCACCACCAUGGCACUGGCCUGCAAGGUGUGCAGCCUGAAGCGGCAGCAGGGCGAGUACCAGCCCUGCCACGCUGCAGACGACGACGAGUCCCACCUGGCCAACGGGAAGAGCACCAAGACGGAUACCGGCGGGAACAACGAAGACAAUGCCGUGAUGAUGACGGAGGUGUUCAGCGAGAAUGAGACCACAGCCACGGAGGAGAAGGGGAGUAAGCAGGAAGAGGAUGGCGCGAGCACCGCUAGUAGCCAGAACAGCUCUGAAGGGAAGGACGGUUCGGAUGAAAGCCCCUCAGGCGCUGCCGUUAAUGACGACCAGGCAAAUACAGACGCCAUGGAGGCACCAAAGGAUCCGGCAGUCUCUGAGACUGCGAAUGUGAGUGACGUGAGUGGGAGUGGGGCGGCAGGGGAGCCAGCUAGCGGAAGUACGGAGGAGACGCCGGCUAAUGUUGAAGGAUAAAAAAAGGGGGGAUGUCAUAUACACAGAGUGCGUUUUAAUAUGAGACCUUGCCUCCUCCACUUGCGCUUGUCUCCUCGUCCCGCCUCCUGGCCCCUCCUCCGUGGAGAAAACGAUAAAGUUUCCCAGCUGUCAGCCUAGCCACAACAACUUUUGAGGGACUGUUUUUAAUUCACCAUCCCAAUUGCAAAAAUGAGAAAAAGACUCUACAGUCGAGCUUUUGCAAGAUAUUGAAAUAUAAUGCUGUUGUCAGUGAUGUCAUCAUGACGAGAAGCAAGUGGAGGAGGCAAGUGGAGGAGGCAAGGUCGCAUAUUGCAACGCACUCACAGAGUCCCAGUCCCAGAGUCCCAGAGCCUUAAAAUGGGGAUGGAGAAGUCUUAGCACACUUAGAAUCCUUUUUUUGUAUUUCAUUUUUUUUGGGCAGGAUAACGUUUCGACCUCAACAGUCUUCUUCAGAUUCUUCAAAACACAAAAAAAAAAGGAUUCUAAGCGUGCGGACUUCUCACUCUGAAAACCACAGUUGGCCUUCGUCCUGCAACCUUUCCCUGGGAUGUGCACAAUCCUCUCCUUCAACUUGAAAUGGGGAUGGAUCUACUCCAUGAGGCCCCAGCACAGUUACAAAACCAAAACACCCCCACUACGGACCAUCGGACAUCAGAAAAGAGGCGCCAACAAGGUUACUUUCAUGUCAAACCCCAUUCCUAUUAUAGAACUUUUGGGUAUUUUAAGAUUUUUCAGUCCAGUCAACAGUUAACAGUAAAAUAUUCCAUAUUGCUACAUUUCAUGUCAAACCCCAUUCCUAUUAUAGAACUUUUGGGUAUUUUAAGAUUUUUCAUUUCGUUGAAGUGUUAACAGUUAACAGUAAAAUAUUCCAUAUUGUUACAUUUUAGUGGACAUGUUUUUGUUACAAUGUACAUUUAUUUGCAUAGAUAUUUUUUUAUUCUUACUUUUCUAACUACUGAUGUUUUAUGCAAAAAUUUUG